UUCUUUCUUUAUUCUCUUGCAAAUUCGAUGACCAAUUGAGUACAAAUUUUCCCAGGUUUGUUGUACUUUGGGAUACACUGAUUGAGAAAACUGGUCUUUCGACGAUUAGCAAAGGUGUCCAGUGCCUUUAAAGUCUCAGAUGACACCGAAUAUAACACAGCAUUCCAUUUACCGUUUCGAAAGAGUGACAGACGACAUACAGUAUCUUUGAUUACAGCAUUGAUUGUUGUCAACUCGUAAAAACAGGAGAGAUGAUGAUGGAGCUUGAAAACUUCACCACUUUGGAUGCUGUUGAAGACCCUCAAUUAGACAAUAAUGGAACCAAUUUGGUUUGGGACACCUUCUGUGAUUUCCAUGUGGAAAAUCUUCUAAGCAGAGCCGUUGUCAUGCUUGUGCUGUGUGUUCUACGAACCCUUGGAAAUGGGUGUGUUCUGUUUCUCUUCGCCACCGUCAAGCGUCUCCGGACGGCGACCAACGCCCUCAUUCUUAACCUGGCGUUGGGUGACACUCUACUGUUCCUUAUCACUGUGCCGCUGAAGGUGGAGACCGACCUCCACCCAUGUUGGCAGUUUGGGCGGGUCAUCUGUAAAGCUGCUUCAGCUGGUGAGGCAGUGGCUCACGGAGUAAGUGUGUUCACCCUGACUGCACUUAGCAUCGAUCGGUACUGCAGUUUGGUGAUGGGACAUCGUCGUGAUAGUAGUCGACGCUUUGCUCUUGUAGCUGUCCUGGCAAUAUGGUGUCUUUCCCUCAUCCACGGUGUGCCACUGCUCAUCAUGGCCGAACAGCAUGGCUACUGGUCCUGCAAACCAUUACCCUAUUUCACUCAUUCAGCUCGGGUCUUUUUCACAGCUCAGUCACCACCAUGUACAUUAUUCCCUUAACCACUAUGACGUAUUGCUACGCCAACAUGGCAAGAGUCCUGAUCCAGCACCACCGAGCGGGACAGACUUCGGAGAGUCAACCGUCUGAUUCAACACCAGUCCC